CCAAGUGUAGGAGUGACUCGCACUGGAACUUUAAAAAGGUAGUCAAUCGGAGGCAAAAUGGCGGAUCAUGCUGGUUGCAUCGUCUAGGAUAUUGUAGGAGAAACUCAAGAUCUCUAGUUCAAUCAUUCAAACCAGCCGCUUUGACAGGAUGCAAACAUCAGGCACUACGGAGGUGGCUACGGAGGUGGCUACGGCCCAAACCCAAAACCCUGCGACACAACCGGAGCCGCCCUGCAAUGUGAUCGCUAGCACAGCAAGUUCGCAGGGUGCCGAGUUGGGCCCUGUUGAGAAACCCUUGCCGGCGGACUCAACACUGGGAGGAGACAUCACCAAUGGCCAGACGGGGUACAUACAACAACCGGAGAUGGCACAUUCAGCCAGGGCCCAACCCCAAUUCGGGACGCUUCCCCAGGCCCAGCAAGUCACGCCGCUGAAGAGUCUCAGGGAGGCUCCGGCGUGGAUUGAUUGCCCGUUCUGUGAGAAGCGGACUUUGACAAAAGUCACACAGGAGGAUUCUUCGGCUACAUGCCUUGCGUCGCUGCUCUGCUGCCUCGUUUGUGUUUGCCUUGUCUGCGUGCCUUCCAUGACAGGCAUGUGUGCAAACCAUGUCCACAAUUGUUCCAACUGCCACAAUCGGGUGGCUCUUAGAUCUCACGACGGAUUUGUGCAGACUUUUGGCCCAACCAGUGCUACUGGGACUGUUCCCUCAAAGUACUCGAGUCCAUCCAAGGCCAUUUAGUUUUACUUUUCUUUCUUAUAUUUGGUGACAGGUUCACGGCUGAUGUCCUGGUAAUAAGUGUGGAUAACGCAGAAGGGGG